GGGACGACAAGAAGUCCAAGGAUGCCAUCCCAGAAUGGGACGGCAACCCAGGGCGUUGGCGUCACUUCGAGACGGCUGUGAAGUGGUUCCCUCGCACGCUCAAGCGGCAGGAGAGGGACCUGGCGGCGAACCGGAUCAUUGGACGCAUGCUGCAGAGUAAGACGAUCGCCAUCAGGACGUUUGCGACCACUCUGGAUCCGGACCGAUAUGAGAAUCCGAAUGGCCACCUCCUCCUCUUAGACGACCUGAGGAGCAGCCCGCUAGGGAAGCUUCCGAUCCCGGACGCAGCCCACAAGAUCAAGCAUUACUACAAGGAUUUCAAGCGGCGCAAGGGCGAGACGGUGGGCGCGCUCCUGAUCAGGGAGCAGGACUGCUACUCAGAGAUGGUCCAGGCGCUGGAGCGCCUCCUGGAGGAGAUGGGCGACAACGACAAGUACAAGCAGUGCCAGGAGUGCUACGGCUACUUCGAGAGAGACCGUGGCGCAGCCGGACGUGGACAAUGGUACUGCCAGAGGUGCUGGGACCACUGGGAGCCCAGCCCCGACGCGUCGGCGCCCUCAGCAGCAGAUGAUGCCCUUGCUGAGGAAGCAGAAGAAGCAGAUGAGUACGAACGACAGUCGAUUACGUCUCGUUCGCAGGGCUCUCGAACGGAACGAUUUCACCGACAAGAAUCCAUGGCUAGCAAGCUCAAGGUUUCGGAAGCGAUGGCAGUGGGCUCCACGUUCUUCGGCCACGCUUCUGGAGUUCUGAAGGUCCUCCGCGGAUUCUUCCUGCUCGAGGCGAUGGACUUCACCGAGAAAGAGAAGCAGGACGUCCGCGUGGUCACGCAGAAUCGUUUGGAUUUCGAUGCAGUCUCCAAGGCUCUGAAGGAGAGAUGGGGGGACAAGGCGCUGGUGCAGCGGGACUUCGGACCGAGGGCCAUGCCUCGGUACGGCCCGGAGUCAGGCCCUCAGUCGGCCCUCGUUGCAGAGUUUGACGACGUACACGGACCAGACUGGUACGACGGCUACGCAGCGGCAGUUCAGGCGUGGGAGAACGACGGAUACGACCACCACGAGAACGAGGACGACUACGACGUCGUGGAGGAGCCGCAGCUCGCCUCAGAGCCAGAAGAGUCCGAGGCCAUGGAUGAGGAUCUCAACCAUCUCAACGAGGAGCUCGAGGCGGCCCAGGCGAUGGCAGCAGAGGCUUCACGCACUCUGGUUCAAGCCAGGCAAGCAGUGGCCGCCGCUCACAAAGAUCGAGGCCCGAAGGGCAGCAAGGGCGGCAAGAGCGGCAAGGGCAGCAAGUACCGCGACAGGGACCACGACCAGAAGGGCAAGAAUGCGAACUACCUGGAGUUUCACACGAUCACUCACGGGUUUGACGAGCUCCAGGGUCUGUACCAGGCGGAGCUGAACGACAGCGGCCUCGCCCCCUCUGAGGCCAUGGUUGAUUGCGGGGCUUCCGCGUCCGCCGGAGGCGAGCGCGCAGUCCAGGCCCUGGUUGCCCUGGUUGCCGCCGUUGCGGCUGCGAACCCACAGGCCAGGAUCGAGAUCAACAAAAAUGAAAGACCGUGGUUUCAUUUCGGAGACAAUAAGUGGGGCAGAGCACUGUAUAAGGUUUCGGUCGAGUUCGAGCCGGGCUUCGUUCUGUGUAUUUUCGCUCUCAGUCCUGGCCUGCCUCUCGUUCUGUUGGGAAUGACUGCUCUGGAGUCGUGGCCGGCAAUCGUGAAUUUCCGAACCGGGGAGGCUGUGAUCAGGGGUCAACUGGUGCAGCUUCGCAAGACUCCAGGCAAGGGCCAUUGCAUCCUCGACCUGGUGAAGCACGUUUCCGAGAUUUUAAACCCGACCGCGGGCAAGGACGAAUGGGUACCUGUCGACAUAGAUGCCGACAAGAAGGAGGAGGGCCCGGAGGUAAAGUCACCUUCGGCGGCAGCGAGCUCCGGACCUACGACCCAGGUCAAGCGGGAGUUCGUCUUCAACGGCCAGAAGAUGGAGUAUGUCACCUCGGAGGUCAAGGAGAGAGAUCCGGGCAACGCGCACCAGGGUCGCAAGAAGGAGAAGCAGAUGGAGCUGGACCCGGCGUUCGCACUGCAGGUGGACCCCCGCGACCCGAGGGCCACACGGGGAUCGUGCGGGCAGACGCAUCGCAAGUACUUCACGGUCAACAACCAGUGGGGCCAGACCAGGACGUGCUAUCGGUGCGGGCUGAGGUUGCUCUACGUUCCGACGGCGAAGGCGCCGAUGACGAACCUCAGCAUGCAGCAUCCGAAGUUGGUGGAGUCCGGCCUGGAGUUGGUGCGGCACUGCAACCUGUGGGAGACGGCCAAUCACGAGCAGGUGACCGCGAUGAUCAACAUCGCCACCUCACUUCGGAGGCUCCCCGGGACCGGGAUCCGACACGCGCCGGACGCGCUGCUGGAGAUGUUGGGGGCAGCGAAUCCCAGGACACUACUCGCAGGACUGGCUUUGGCCAUGACCGUGGGUACGAUCACCGAGGCAGUGGAGAUCUGCUGCCAUCCCAACAGCAUGCUGACCGACGAGUGCACCAACAUCGGCCUCAGCAUGGAGCGGAUCAGCAUCGAGAGCGGCUACAACCUCAGCACGAAGGCGGGGUUCGAGGCCGCUAGCAAGAAGCUGGACGAGGUGAUGCCGAAGAGGGCUUGGAUAUCGCUACCAUGCACGCUAUGGACUUCGCUUACGAACUUCAAUUGCAAGACACCAGAGGCACGUGCACGCCUCGAGAAAGACCGACUUCGAGACCGACGACGUGUGAAGUAUGGAGUUCUCCUGUUGCUAAAGAUUGUUGACAACGGAGGCGAGGUCUACUUCGAGUGGCCUCACAGGUGUCAAGGCUGGAAGAUUCCCGAGCUCAACUUUCUUCGCAUGGAGUUGAGGCGUCGGGGACGACACGUCUUCGAAGAUCGGAUCGACGGGUGCAUGUACGGCCUCAGGGACUACAACACUAACGAGCUCGUCGAGAAGGGCUGGAGGAUCAUGACCACCGACCCGGAGUUCUCCAAGGUCGCGACCGUGUGUGACCACUCACACGGCCACCGAGUCAUCAGCGGGAAGCUACACACUGCAGCCACGGCCUACUACCCGCAGGCGAUGUGCAAGGCAAUUGCUCGGCUAUGGCAUGCUCAACUCCGGACCCCGAUCGACCUCAACAUGGCCCUGGAGAACCCUGCUGUCCUCGACCUCGAGAAUGCCUACCUGAUGGAGCGGGACACCGGGAGCAUCUACGUCGCUGAGCCCACGGAUCCCGAAAGGGAACAGGUGCGUGCGAUGUUGAGCAGGAUCCACAAGGCUGCAGGGCACCCAGGGAACGAGCACUUGGCUUACUGGUGCAAGAAGCGACAGUGUCCACGCUGGAUCAUCGAAGAAGCGAGCAACCUACGCUGCGAGGCAUGCGACCUGGUCAAGCACGGCCUUACCCACAAGGUCAAGGCGAGCCUCGACAUCCCCAUGGCACCUUGGCAGGCAGCCGUCAUGGACGUUUCCGACCUGACGUUCCCGGACUUGAAUGUGAAGGCCAGGUUUCUCCUCAUCGCAGAGGUCGCCACCGGCCUGAUGUGUGGAGACAUCGCUGCGAAGAUCGGCCUCAAAGACAAGGGCACGGAUUCGUCAGCUACGCUGUUCACGACGUUUGCCAGAGCCUACCUUCAACACUAUCCCAAGCCAAGGUGGGUUUUCGUCGAUCCUCAGACCUCUUUUGUGGGCGGCGAGUUUAAAGACAACUGCCAGUUGGCCGGCAUCGGCGUCUCAGCGAAACCAGGAGGAGCACAUUGGAUGGCUGGCGACAUCGAGCGCCGCAUCUCGACCGUCAAGCAGGUAAUGAGGAAGCUUCGCCUACAAUGCCCGAAGCUGAGUCCCGAGACCGUGUUUUACAUCUCGAUUGACCCAAUCUUGGCGCAUAACGCAGCUACUGGCAAGUUGAAGUCCGACUUCUUCGAGAUCGAGCGGGCACGAGCGGAUGCAGAGGCGACUUACCCGAAGGAGAAGGCGUCCAGGAAAAUCUCAGAGCUGAAGAACUCAGCCCCACGACCUCGACAUGAAUAUAAACGAGGCGACUGGGUCUGUGUCUGGCGGUCGUACGCUGCGACAGGGAAGCGAAAGCUUUCCGGGCAGGAUUUCUUCACGGACGGCUUAUUCAUCGGACCGGGCAGGGUUUUGUUCUCCGAGCCGGCGGUCCAGACAGGCAACAAGGACGGUGUGAUCUGGGUCAUCAUGGGCAACCGAUGCUGGCGCUGCGCAGCUGAGCAACUGCGGCCAGCCACGCAGUCGGAGAUCGUCCAGAUCAACCUGAAGAAGGACGACAUCCUCAACAGUCCGCUCGAGGACGUCUGGAGGCACCUCCAGGACUUUGACGACAUCGCCGGGGAGCCCUCCCCAACGGCAGAUGGCAUGAGGAUGCUACCACGUCAACCUCUUGAGGGCAUGCCGAGGGUGAUCGAGAAUCCCGAUGUGGCCGUGGAACCCCACGACGUCACGGAGGCAGAUGACGACCUGGAGGUCGACGAGGCGGCGAGCGACCAUGUGGAAGCCAGCGAGACCGACAUCAUCAACUUCGUGCAGGAUCCGAAUAACGAGGCCGAGAUGGACCUGAUGAAGAUUGAGAUCGAGACGGACCUUGAGGAGUUCUGCUUCGAUGCGAGCGCGUACCUGGAGAAGCAGCUGAACCGAGUGGCCAACAACACGGUCAAGAAGGGUGUGGAGGUUUCGUUUGGCCGCCUGAGCCCCGAGGAGAAGCCACUGUUUCAAGAGGCAAUGGCACGGGAGCUGGCGGAACAUCUGGAAGUACCGACAGUCCGGGCUGCAUCUGCUUACGCUGACUACAAUCAUGGAAAAGACAUUCCAGCGGACAAGCUGAUCAAGAUGAGGUGGCUACUGACCUGGAAGCCUUUGACACCACCUGAACCACCGGACAAGUCGGACCCACACCCCGUGAGCACACCGGACGGGAAGUUCAAGGCAAAGGCCCGUGUCAUUCUGUUGGGCUUCUCACAUCCAGACCUUGUCAGUCGCGACAAGUUCGGAGAUCGGGUGCUUCCUACGGCGUCACCAACCAUUUCAAGAAAAGGGAAGCUGGCACUCCUCCAGAUGGCUGCUUUCCACGGCUGGACCUUCGAGCUAGCCGACGCGAAGUCCGCCUUCCUGCAGGCCGGGCACACCGAGGAGUGGAGGAAGCUCUACACGAAGGGCGUGAAGGAGCUCCGGCAGGCCCUGCAGAUCAACGAGGAGGAGUCCAUGCGAGUCCUGGCAGCGAUCUACGGGAUCACGAAUGCGCCGUGGGUUUUCUGGAAGUAUGUGGACCACAAGAUCCACGAAGCAGGAGGCAAGAGCGUCCUCAUCGAGCCAUGCAUCUGGAUCAUUCAGGACCAGGACGGCACCGUGUGCGGGGUCAUCGGCUCGCACGUGGACGACUUUGGCAUCGCAGGCGACAGCGACAACAAGUUCUACCUCGACAUGAAGAACAUGCUGAAGGAGAUGCUGCGGUGGUCUCCAUGGCGAAGCACGCCGUGCAUGUGGGCAGGCAUGUGGAUCACUCAGGAGCCGUCGGGCAAGAUCCAUGCCAGCCAGGAGGAGUUCUGUCACCAGCUCCUCGAGAUCAGGGUUGAGUCCGGCAAGUAUCUCUCGAAGGAUGACAAGCUCAAGCCGGAGGACGUCACCCAGUUCAGGGCAGGCCUGAUGAAAUGCCAAUGGAGAGCGACACAGACAGCACCACAGUUCUCAUGUCGGGUGUCACUGUUGGCUCAGCGGGUGAACGAGGCGACGUUCGGGGACCUGAAAGACACGAACGCCCUCAUACGCGAUGUGAAGCGGACCGCUCGUGACUCACUGGUGUUCCACAACUUCAAUAGCAACUGUGGCGGCAAGCUGAAGUGGGACGACCUCGUGAUAGUGACUUGGGUCGACGCAAGCAGGCUACUACAACGAGGAGGCUACAUCGUGGCGUUCACCACGGCCGAGAUUCUCAAGCAGAAGGAAUGUGCAGUAUCGAUCGCCUACUGGAGAUCGUACAAGCUCAAGCGCACCGGCAUCGGCACCAACGGCUGCGAGGGCCAGGCCCUGUACGACGGCGAGAACGCCGCGUACCUGAUGCGCAUGCUGUGGUCAGUCAUGCAUGGAGUUCCAGUCACCGCGCACACUCAGGAGGAGGUGGCGCAAUCCAUGACCUCGGUGCUGGUGAUCGACAGCCGAGGAGUUUAUGACUCAGUUCACAACAAGGAGAGCUUCGGCAUAGGCCUGAGCGACGCGAGGACCGGCGUGGAGGUUUUGCAUGUGAAGGCGAACUGCGGGCCCGAGAAGAACCAGCACCUG